CCGCAUACCGCGUCUUCACUUGCACAUGGAGCAGAAGAUGGAUAACAAGCUAAUACGCGGAGAUUCAGAUUCAGAGUGAAAGACAACAAUCUGUGCCACUAACAUUGGAUAAGUAGGGCACUAAGAUGCCCAAAAGUGAUACCUGGCCAGGUGGCAUUGGAAUGGAGACGAUGACUGGCAUAGACAGUGCUGGCAGCUGUGACAGUGUUGUCAGUACCAACUCUGGCUUUAGUGAUGAUAGUCUAGAGUACCUGUCUGCUGAAGAGAAGGCCUGUCUCAUGUUUUUGGAGGAGACUAUUGAGUCGUUGGAUACUGAGGAGGAUAGUGGACUGUCCAAUGAUGAAUCUGACCAACUGCCCAGCACUGGCAACCUUGCUACCAAACUGGCUGACCUUUCAGCCUCCAUGAGCAAAAGCAUACUCGACAGCUCACAGAAACGUGACUCUGAGCAACCCAUGAAGGAAAAUGUUGACACCAAACCCAUGCAGAGCUUCCUGGUUCCUACACCUCUUGUUGUGGCAAGCAGCUCUCCAUGUUCUGUACCCAGUGCUAAGACAGGCAUCCCUCCAGACAAAACCCUCAGCUCCAACCUCAGUCCUUCAAGCAAAGAGCCUGGUCACAAACACAACCAGAAACCUGUUGCUCCCCAAGUACCUUUAGAGGUAAAGGUUGUGAUACCUCCUCCAACCAAACCCAGGGACUACUCAGUUAGGAUAGCUGAAAGUCCUUUACCUAGAGGUCCUCUGUCCUAUGAGGCACUUGUUCACCUGCGGAGGAGUGCCUCCACAAAGAAGACGCCUUUAUGUCCCACAGUUGAUCAUACUAUAGACUUUGACAAGCAUCUUCCUGUCACAAUACCCCCAAACCUCGGAAAUCAGCCCAGAUCUGACCGAUCCAACUCAGAGCCUUCAAAGUUUAGGACAGGUCCUCCGGUUGUGGCCCCCAAACCCAAAAAGAUUCCUUCCAACAUAUCUGUGAAAACACAAAAUGAAGCAUCCAUAACCUCAGAUUCUUCAUACAGUGUCAAUCAUGCAACAGAUCCCCAGGUCGUGAGACUGGAAGCUUUGCAGAAGCUGGGCCUCCUGAAAGACGAACAGCCAGAAAAUGAGACAGUGGUCCCAAAGUCUCCGCCUAAAUCUCACUCCUCUUUGGACCCAACACCUAACAGAUUUACAAUAAGUCCAUCUAAUGUUAAUCCAUCAAGAAGCCCAUCGUUUUCUUAUUCUCAAGUGCCCACAGAGCCCAAGAACAAACCUCUGCAGAGCAGUGCCAGUUUCCAUCACUACUCCAGACAUGACCAACAGCCUGCGUCUGUAUCACAUCCUGCUGAAUCCAAUAGAUCUAAGACAGCCAGUCUGGAGCGCUCCGCCACCCUGGACAACCACAGAAAUGGUGGAAACUGUCCCGAAGCGCAGCACAUCACAGCAGCCAGGCCAGUGAAAACCACCACUGCAGCUCAGCCUGUACCCCACAAACCUUCAAACUCAGUUGCAUAUACUGUGAUGGUGGUGCCUGGGAUGGGAGCGGAUCGAAAAGAAGCACUCAGAAAGCUUGGACUGCUCAAAGACUAAUACAGAUAAACAGCAGAAGUCUGUCUGCAUAAAUGCAGUACUCAGAAAGAGUUCAGUACCAUCAGCUUAAAGAGAGUUAGAGCAUUAAGCGGGAACUUGGCACUCGGCAAACGGAAGCAGAAGAGGAUGAAAGAGGGAAAAAAGAGCAAUACCAGCAUUUUUAAUGUAGGUCAUGGUUACUUACUUAGUUGAGGGCAGUUUUGUUUACAAACUAAAGCUCUUAAAAAGGUUUCAAGAGCAUCUGAAAAUGCACCAUACACAUUUAAAAUCCUUGAGGCUCCAUUUAUUAGAUUACAAUGGUAUGUUAAUGUAAUGCCAUCUAAUUAGAAUCUCUGUUUAGAUGUGACAAGACAAGGCAGAAUAGCACACCAAAUCAGCCUAAGAGUGCAUAAGGAAAAAAGUAAGCAGUUUAAACAUCAAUUCGGCCUUUGACUCCAAAUCAGAUGUAGCAUUAUAUAAAAAUAACGUUUUUGCAUGCAAUAGUAAGAAAACAAACAAACAAAGAAUAUAUAUAUAUUUCAUCUACAUAAUAAGCGUUGGUGUGCACAUAAAUCAGAUUUUAGAAGGGUGGUAACACACUGAAGCAAGCCAAUUUCUGGAUUAAUUUUUACUUAUUUAUUCCUGUACAUAAAAUGCUGCUCUUCUACUUAAAAGGAAACAUCAACCCAAAAUCAACAGAAGUCACUGAUUGUUUCAUAAUUCACAGAUGUGCCUGUAAUUGGAUUGUUGAAUACAUUCCUUGGAGCAAAGCCUCAAAGAAGCACAUCAGUUAAUGCAGCUCAUAGUUGUGAAACUACAUUUUGAAAGUGUUUUGGGGUGAUAUUUCAGUGUUUUCUAAUCUUUAGUAGCUACCAGCAGUACAUUAUUUUUUAGAUUCUGAUGUAUCAAUAUCUCACUGAUUUGUUUCUAAUACUUUUUUAUACAGUAUAUAUGGUUGGUUGGUUGGAUGGUUUUAGAAAUGUGUGACAAACUGUCCAUGUAACUGCCUUGUCUAAAUACUGGAGAUGUUCAUACAGAAUGAAAAACAUUCACCCAUGAUAUUGUGAUUACUUUUUCCUUUAUGAUUUCCAAAAAUACCAAAUAAAGAAGUCUGCACUUUAAA